AUGCAUUGGGGUUCUUGGAAAUCUUUACGUAGACCGAAAGAGGAGGGUGGGCUCGGUUUUAAAGAUCUCGAGCUUUUCAACAAGGCUCUUCUUGGGAAACAAGUGUGGAGAUUAUAUAGGAAUCUAACAUCUCUUGUUGGGAAGGUUCUAAAGAGUAGUUACUUUCCUAACUCUAAUGUGAUGGAAGCUAAAACAGGGUCUAACGCUUCUUUUGUGUGGGGAAAGGAAGUCGUGGAGUUGGGGUCUAAAUGGAGGAUUGGCUCAGGCAAUGCUAUUAAUGUGCUGGAAGAUAGGUGGAUUCUGAGACCCUAUAAGUUUAAGAGUUUUUAUAAGCCUUUCAUUCCUAGAGGGUUGAAAGUGAUUGAUCUUAUAGGUUGA